UUUUUUAAUGUUUUUUUGCUUCUCCCCAGGUCCAGCUGGGAACUUCCUGAUCUGAGAGAAGGAAGGGUAAAAGCCAUCAGUGACUCAGAUGGCGUAAGCUAUCCUUGGUAUGGAAACACCACUGAAACUGUGACCUUAAUAGGUCCUACCAACAAAAUUUCCAGGUUCUCCGUCAGCAUGAAUGACAACUUUUACCCAAGUGUGACGUGGGCAGUGCCUGUCAGUGAAAGUAAUGUGCCCUUACUCACAAGAAUCAAAAGAGACCAAAGUUUUACAACAUGGUUGGUAGCAAUGAACAUGAACACCAAGGAAAAGAUAAUUUUACAGACAAUAAAAUGGAGGAUGAGGGUAGAUAUAGAGGUGGAUCCUUCUCAGGUUUUGGGUAAACGGGCCAGAUUGGUGGGAAGGACUCAGCAGGAGCAGCCAAGAAUUUUAAGCCGCAUGGAGCCAAUCCCAACCAAUGCACUGGUAAAACCUAAUGCUAAUGAUGCACAGGUGCUAAUGUGGAGACCGAAAAGGGGACAGCCUGUAAUUGUUAUUCCUCCUAAAUAG